UAGGCAGCUCUUGGCGGUUCGUUCGUGGUUGGCUCUCUCCCCGGAAGUGCAGGUGGUUUUGUUCGCGCAGAACGCAUCGAUGCGAUCCCCAAUUCGAAAUCUCGGGUCCAGGGUCUCGAUCGAGACCGCUAUCGAUUUCACGUGAGCGACCGUUCUUAUGUUGGUCCUUUGUUGGUUCUUUGACUUACAGUCCGUUUAUUCUUUGAUAGGACGUUUGUUUGUCGUACUUGAUUAGUUGGUAGCUGAUACUUAUCCUUUUUGGUGGAUCCAUAUUAUGGGACAUGCAUAACGUUGGCGAAUUUAGGUUCUCAAGAUCGAGAUUAUAAUGAAUAGAAGCGGGACUUCUUCCGUGAUGGAAGGAAAUGGAUAAAAUUUGUCAGGUCUUAAAUGAAAGCUAAAUUUCUUUGAACUUCGAUGUUCAACUAUUCAAGUAGUGAAGGUUGGCAAGGUUCUUCCUUAUAUUGGGCCCGCGUCGUUUAAUACUAAUGAAGAUUUUUGAGGGUCCUAUCUGUUAGUGAAAGUUCAGGAGGCGGUUGCUAGUUCACAUGGGUUGGAUGGUUAAGAUUAAGUAAUAACGCCGACUUGGUUAACCAUUGACAUUGAGGUUCAGGUAAUGGAAGAAACUUCUGGCAAUGCUAUUGUUGUGCAUGAAUGGCUUCAUGUAUUAGAAGUUUAAUAGGGUUCGCUGGUAGGAUCGUGAGGGUUGCAGAAAUUAAAAUUGAAUGAUCGCCCUUUUAUGGGGAUGUGUUGAUAAACUGAUAGUAGAUAGAUUAAUGUUACCAGUGGCAACCCUUUUGCCACCGGGGAUGUGGGUCCGUGCCGAAGCUUCACAGCUUGAUGUUAAAAUAUGAUAGGUUUUCUUAUGAAUAGCAUAGUAGCCUUUUGUGCUAUUCAAACAUUACCAAGAUCUGUGAAAAUAUCCAUCAAAGUGCUAGUUGGCAAAAUCGAAGUGAGUCAUAGGUUGGUCAAGAUCCUAAGGGGCCAUUUGGCCACCAUAACAAACUUUUAUUGUUCCACGAAUUUGGCUCAAUAAUUGAGGCGGAUUCAUGGAACAAUAUAACCCAAUGUUCCAUGAAGUUGCCCCAAUUUUUUGGGUCAAGUUCAUGGGGCUAUAACAAUUUGUUAUUGUUGCUAAGCAGGGCCAAAAGGACUAGUUGCACCCAAAGUGAAUAACCUUCCUUGGUGCAAGAUUUCUGGACACUCCAUUUUUCCAUGCCAUGGUUGCAAGAGCGCGAGCUUCUGGAUCAAGCAUCUCUGUUCUGAUUGAUUCUGAAACUUUGUUGUUACCCAGCUUCAUUUCUGCUUUACAUUAUGUUUACACACUUGAUCACAACUGGCUCUUUGUUGCCAAACCACGUCACCUUUCUCAUUUAAAAUUCCACUUGGACAACCUUGGUCGCCAAUGGGUAUGGACAACUGGACAGAAAAUAACAACUGAGAAGUUGGAAGAAUUCUUAGUGCAUAAUUGGCAAGAAAGCAAUUAUAGUGGCAGGUGGCUGUGGGCAUGGAACACUGGCAAUCUUCCUCUACAUGCAGGUGUCCUCCCUUCUUUCUUGUAUGGCAAAGGUUACUACAACGAAUGGCUUAUGCAUGAGGCCUUGUCUACAGAACUUCGAUUUGUCUUUGAUGGAACAGAUGUUGCAUCUGCUUUUUACCCAGAAAACUUUGGGUCGGAACACAGUCAAUCUCCAAUAGAUUCAGAAGUUGUACCACAUAACAGACAGUGGGAAAGUGAGGCCAAUGCUUACCUUGCUGCGGCAUAUGGAUCAUUUUACUCCAAUAUGAGCAAGGUUUCUUAUAACAUGCCAAAACUCAUCAGAUGCGGUGCACAGUUUAUGAUUUCAAAUGCUUCAAUGUGCAUUCCCUCAGUUCAUCAAAAGCCUCCAUUUCUUAAGGCUAACAGGAUGUUGGGAAUAUGGAAGGAUACAUUUGUUUCUCUGCAAAGCAAAGGAAAGGGAUAUAUUUCAUGCAUAGAGAAAUGCAAUUCAGCCAGCAGUCAACUCGAUGUAUCUACCAUACAGAAACCAGAAUCCAAAUUAUCUGUGCCAUCACUUCCGUUCUCCUUAAAAGAACUCCUUGAAACAGUUGCUGAUGAUGAAAAGACUGUUGUUCUUGCAGUAGCAGGAAAUAAUUACAGGGAUAUGCUUAUGAGCUGGGUUUGCCGAUUACGACGUAUUUCAGUUUCAAAUUUUAUACUGUGUGCCCUUGAUGAUGAAGUUUACCGGUUUUCCUUCCUACAAGGAUUGCCUGUCUUCAAGGCAGCAUUAUCUCAUUUGGAUAUUAGCUUUGAUAACUGCCAUUUUGGCACCAAGUGCUUUCAGAGGGUGACAAAGGUUAAAUCCAGAAUAGUCCUGAAGAUCCUAAGGAUGGGUUACAAUGUGCUUAUGAGUGAUGUAGAUGUGUACUGGUUCAAAAAUCCACUUUCUUAUCUUCAUGCAUAUGGACCUGCUGUAUUAGUUGCACAAUCAGAUGAAUUCAAUGAAACUGUGCCAAUAAAUUUACCCCGGCGCUUGAACUCAGGUUUCUAUUAUGUUCAUUCAGACCCCGCCACAAUUCUUGCAAUGGAGAAGGUGGUGACGCAUGCAUCCACUUCUGCGAUGUCAGAGCAGCCAAGUUUUUAUGAUGUACUGUGUGGUGUAGGUGGUAAAAACCGCAUUGGAGAUAAUAAGUGUCAUGAACCUCUGACUAAUGUCACGGUUCAUUUCUUAGACAGGAAUCUCUUCCCAAAUGGAGCUUUCCAAAACCUGUGGAGGAAAAAGAAUGUGACAGCUGCCUGUAUGAGGAGAGGAUGCAUCACUCUUCAUAACAACUGGAUUAGUGGGAGGAAGAAGAAACUUCAGCGUCACAUUGCCUCUGGUCUGUGGGAAUAUGAUGUGGUAUCUCGAUUGUGUCUACAAAGCUGGCAGGAUCAGAAGUUACAUAGUUAUGUCUGAUCAUUAUGUCCUUCAUAGGUCUAUUUCAUCUAUAGCUUGCUUUUCUUUGGAGAUUAACCAAUGGGUUGCGGUCUGGCUCCUCUGGUGGAUGUAUCGAGCCCCUUUUCCAUUGCGUAGGUUACACCUUCCCAAUAUGCCAGACUUCAAUGGUUAUUUCUCUAUGCAUUGAGAUGAAGAAAAGGAAAAGGAAGUGAUAUUUUGUGGCAUCAUUUUGAUGUCAUUAGUCCCUUUCUUCGGCUUCAUAUGGGCACCAGUAUGUUGAUGAAUGUUUACACUUGAUAGCUUAUGGCUAUCUUUGUUUGAAAAUCAAGGACGAUGAAGAUUGAAAAGGAUGAUGCUGUACCGUAUGUGAAGAAGUUUUGCCUGUUUGCUUGGUAAUACGACCCUGAGCAGUAGGGCAUCAAACCUUGCCUGUUUGAGUGGGAGGGCGACAUAAAAUACUCCAGAGAUUGUUCAGCUGGAUGUUUUUAAGAAGGCUUCACGUUCUCUGGUUUUGAGAGGAAGAGGGAAGCUUAAAAGUGAAGUUGCGCAGAAAAGUUCACGAAAAGAUGAGAAUAGGCCUUUAUUGGCCCUCAUAACAGAGUUAAAUGCAUGAUAUUCGAGGAAGGGAGAAAUGCAUUAUUGUCAUUUCAUUUGAUUUAACCAAGCUCUACCCUGUAUUGGUGGAUGGUAUGGAUGUGUAUCUCAUUUCCGCUUGCAGCUCGUAGAAACAAAGAGGACUACAUCCUGAGGCGAUUUUGUGGGUACUUUUUGGGACUAAGAGCAAAAUGUUGGGCUCCUGACAGGAUUCCUAUGUAGAAAGCUCAUUCAGAAGCUCGAACAUGAAUAAUGAUUCAGGGGACCGAAUCAAUGGAAGUUCAUACUGAUUCUGAAGCACAUCCAUCUUUAUGUAGGUGGUGAAACCUGUCUUUUUCCAUCCUUUAUCAGCAGAAAUAUGUAUCUUUUUCCCUGAAUGAUAAGAUGGGAGUCUAGACGGACCCCUGCUUGUAUAUUGAUAUCAAAAGUUGUACACUUCGGCAUUGAGCUACGCAAAUAAAAUAUAUAUCAGGUGGCUUA